AUGUCUCGCUCAGCACCCCGUAUCAAAAACCGCGCGCCCGCGCCCAUCCAAAUCUCCGCCGAACAACUCCUUCGCGAAGCUCAAGAACGUCAGGAAGCACCUGCCGCCGCCCCCGUCUCCAAAAUCGAAGACUAUGAAGAGCUCCAAGAGUACCGCGGGCGGCGCCGCGCCGACUUUGAGGAUCGCCUGCGUCGAAACCUGGGCAACAUGUCCAUGUGGAUCAAGUACGCCGAAUGGGAAGCGAGUCAAGGUGAAAUGGACCGUUGCCGUUCCGUCUACGAGCGGGCCUUGGAUGUCGAGCCUCAUUAUCUGCCGCUAUGGCUGAGGUAUACGGAGCAGGAGUUGAAGAUGCGAAACGUUCAACAUGCGAGGAAUCUCUACGACAGGGCGGUCAGCAUACUGCCGAGGAUCGAUCAGCUUUGGUACAAGUACGUGCAUCUGGAGGAGUUGCUGGGGAACGUGGCGGGGACGAGGCAGGUGUUUGAGAGGUGGAUGAAGUGGGAACCCGAAGAGAAGGCUUGGCAUGCGUACAUCAACCUCGAAGUGAGGUACGAUGAACCGGAUAGAGCGAGCGCGAUAUGGGAGAGGUGCGUAACAUGUCACCCUACACCAAAGCAGUGGAUUCGAUGGGCCAAGUUCGAGGAAGAUCGAGGCGACCUCGAGAAAGCAAGGACGGUGUUCCAGAUGGCACUCGAUUACAUCGGUGAGGACGAGGACGCGAUGGAAAAGGCACAAAGCGUCUUUACCGCCUUUGCAAAGAUGGAAACUCGCCUCAAAGAGUACGAGCGAGCAAGGGUCAUCUACAAGUACGCACUCGAGAGGCUGCCCAGGUCAAAAUCCGAAGGGAUCUACUCGAGCUAUACACGCUUCGAAAAGCAGUUCGGCUCCAUGAGCAGUGUCGAAGACACUGUCAUCGGCAAACGACGCAUCCAGUACGAAGAAGAAUUGGCAGCCCAAGCCGGCGAUCCUGCAGACUACGACACCUGGUUCGACUACUCGCGUCUCGAAGAAGACGCCCACCGCGCACUCGCCACCUCGGGCGCAUCACAGGAUCAGCUCGACCAAUCCACCAAACGUGUGCGCGAAGUGUACGAACGGGCCAUCGCCCAAGUCCCCGCCUCCCAAGAGAAACGCGACUGGCGACGGUACAUCUUCCUCUGGCUGCGCUACGCCCUGUUCGAAGAAAUCGAUACCCACGACUACGACCGCACACGCGAGAUCUACAAGGCCGCCAUCGCCAUCGUUCCACACCGUCGCUUCACAUUCGCCAAACUCUGGAUUCAGUACGCGCGCUUCGAAGUGCGUCGUCUCGACCUUACCACCGCACGCAAGAUCUUCGGCACAGCCAUCGGCAUGACUCCCAAGCUCAAACUCUUCACCAGCUACAUCGAGCUCGAACUGUCGCUCAAGGAGUUCGACCGUGCACGCAAGAUCUACGAAAAGGCGCUCGAAUGGGAUCCGACCAACUCGCAGACCUGGGUGCGUUUCGCCGAGCUGGAGAAGAACCUGUUCGAUACGGAUCGUGCACGGGCGCUGUUCGAGCUGGGUGUCGGGCAGGCGGAGCGAGGAGAGGAGGAGAGUGGAGGCUUGGAUAUGCCAGAGAUCGUGUGGAAGGCGUACAUCGAUUUCGAGUUCGAGGAGAGGGAGUGGGAGAGGGUCGACGCGCUGUACGAGAGGUUGUUGGACAAGAGCGGACAUGUCAAGGUGUGGAUCUCGUAUGCGCUGUCCAAGAUCAACCAGGCCGCAGCGAUCGAGGAGGAUGAAGACGAAGGCGAAGACGACGAUGACGACGAUGACGACGCAAAACCGUCACGAGAAUUGACGCAAGAAGAGCAGGAAAUACGACAGGAACGUCGUUCCGCCCUCGCCUCCGCCGCCCGCACCCUCUUCCAACGAGCCUACGACGACCUCAAAUCGCGCUCGCUCAAAGACGAACGCGUCACCCUCCUCGAAUCCUGGAAAGCCUUUGAACGCCAGCACGGGUCGGCAGAAACGCUCUCCCACGUCGAAGCCAAGUUCCCACGCGUCGUCAAGAAGCGCAAGCAGCUCGAGCAAGGUGACGAUGGAGCCAUGGAGGAGUACUACGACCUCAUCUUUCCGGAUGACGAGGAGAAGGGCAAGGGUGCGUUCAAGCUGUUGCAGAUGGCUCAUGCUUGGAGGGCGGCGCAGGCGGCAAAGGAAGAACAACAGCUGCCGGAACCGACGGAGGACGUGGGAAGAGAUGUCAGUGCAGACGAGGAAGAGGAUGAGGAGAGAUUGCCCAUCGACAUGGACGACGAUGACGACGAGGAAGAUCCGCACGCCAGCGACGAAGAUUCUUGA